AACUUGUUGAGCGCACCGCGGAAACUUUCCAAAAGACUUUCUGUCAGUGACUUCGCUACUCAUCGAGAGGAGGAGGGAGAGAAGAGCUGAUUUGGGGGCGCUUAGCAGUGGGGAUGGCGAGGAGGCGCGAUGGUCACCCCGUUACGCGGCUCGUGUGAGGCCGCUCUAAACGUGACGCAGACAGAGCCGUGAAACACAAGGAAGAGGGCGAUAGAGAACAAGCUGCAGGUCCUCCUGUCAUCUAGAGUAGACACCAUGGUGCGCGUGCAGGGGCUCGGCUGGCUGCUCCUGAGCGCGCUGCUCUACCCCGUGGCGCCCUGGGGCGCGCGGCCGGCCGGCAGACCCAGGCAGUGCGACCCCCCGAAGGCGCAAAGCGACAUGAAUUCUUUCCUGUGGAAAGUGAAGCGCGCACCGCCACAUCCUCCUUCCUACCUGUAUGGCACCAUCCAUGUGCCCUACACCCGAGUAUGGGAUUUCAUCCCCAAUGUCUCCAAGCGGGCAUUCCACAGCAGCCACAAUGUUUUCUUCGAGUUGGACUUGACCGACCCGCUCACCGUCUCCAAGCUGACCAGCUGCCAGCUGCUUCCCCACGGGGAGAACUUGCAAACCCUACUACCUCGAGACUUGUACCGCCGCCUCAAACGCCACUUGGACUACGUCAAGCACAUGAUGCCAUACUGGAUGACGGCCGACCAGCGCGGCCGUGGCCUCUACGCAGACUACUUGUUCAACGCCAUUGCGGGAAACUGGGAGCGGAAGAGGCCGGUGUGGGUGAUGCUGAUGGUCAACUCUCUGACCGAGUGGGACGUGCGGUCCAGAGGGACGCCGGUAUUGGACUUGUUUUUGGCUCAGGAGGCCGAGAGGAUGGGGAAAACCACUGGGGCGGUGGAGCGGGUGGAGGAGCAGUGUCACCCCCUCAAUGGCCUAAACUUCUCUCAGGUGCUGUUCGCCUUAAACCAAACCCUGCUGCAGCAUGAGGGUGUCCGAGCGGGCAGUCUGCAGGGCUCUUACACCACUGAGGACCUCAUCACACAUUACAAUUGUGGGGACCUAAGCUCCAUCAUCUUUAACCAUGACAACUCACAGUUGCCCCACUUCAUCAACAGCUCUCUGCCAGCUCACGAGCGCAACACGGCCCUGCAGAUCGACAGCUACUUCCGCCAGGAACUCAUCUACAAGCGGAACGAGCGCAUGGCCCGCCGCGUAUCGGCUCUUCUGCAGAGAAAUCCUAACCAGACCUACUUUUUCGCCUUUGGUGCAGGUCACUUCCUGGGAAACCGCAGCGUGCUGGAAAUCCUCCGACAAGACGGCUAUGUGAUCGAUCACGUGACACCUGAUGACCAGCAGCUUGUGACACGUAAACCGGAUAUUGACCCAACCAUCAGCACAAGUGUGGCUCCUUAUGCCAGUUGGGCAACCACUUUGAGCGAGAUGGAGCUGGAGGAGCCGAGUAGCGUGCCUGACACCAGCGAGGAGGAGCUGCCUCACAUCCUGCAGCCAGACAGCCUGAGCCAGCUGGAAGAGUUCGGACGGCAAAAGCGCCCACGAAAGGCUCAUCGCGGCCAUGGACGGCCCCGGCUCUUCAGUGACCUCUGGGUUCGCUUCGAAGAUGGCACUGCUCCUCCGCCUAAUGUAAGAAUCAUUAAUGGUUACGUGACAGUGGAGCCACCGCUCAUCCACCCAGAAGACGACAGCACGGAUGAAUACCCAAGUCCAGUCUCCUUAACGCCGCCAAGCCAGACGUCAGCACAGCCUCCUUCGUCAGCCUGCAGCGUGUCCGUGCUAACGUGCGCUUUAGCCUGGCUGCUGAUGUACACGGUGCUGAACUCCUGACUUCCAGAAGGAGGAAUACUGGUGUAGCCAAACCCUUCAAAAAGCUGCCAGGCCUUAACAUGUGGGUCAGCAACGGUGUACACUGUGAGUGGACUACACGUGUCCAAAGGCCUCUACACCACAAGGGAGCUCAAUGGAGAACUUGCCUAUUUAGCUGGUGCAGUCCCAUGUUGCGACUAUUAAACCAGUGGUUCUCAAGCUGGGGUCCGUGAGCCAUAACGUGAUGGUCAGCAAAAAAUAUAAAUCCAAUAAAUUAUGUCUUAUCAUCAAGUGCAUUCAGAGGACAGCGCCCGUAAAGCAAAUAUAAUAAACCAUUUGCAACAUCCUAUCCUAUUUGGGCCAAUGAAACACUCAUGCAAUUGUGACGAAUGCUCACAAAAAUCUGACACCGACGCUUGAACAGUCAAACAAAAUUCGUAUUUUGGAGUGACACAACUUAACAUGUUGGGGUUUUUAGGAAUAUGAGCUAUCGUUCAAACAAUUCUUUUGCUUUGACAUGUGAGAAAAUAUUUGAGGAGCCAACAUGAAGUUAAUGAACUCACCUCGCAACAAGCAGCAGUUUGGCAGAUGUGAAAAUCUUUUUAAAAAAGAGGCUUAAAGCUGUUUAUUGCCACUCCCAGCUGUAUUCAUCAAACUAAAUAGAAAACAAAGGAAAUUACACUCUGUGCAUUUAAAACAACCACAUAACUUUGCUUUAAAGUCGAUGAUUAAAGAUCAUUUGAGAUGUUUUGAGUUAUUGGCAUGGCCUUGAAAUUACUUUUUUUUUUUUUUUAAUCAACAAUAUAGCAUCUGUCUAAAACUUUGAAUAAUUACUUCACAAAAUAAUACAAUGUUACUCUCAUAAGAUUAAAAUUGUUCAUCCCGAAAAAGUAUACUGUAAUUUUCAGACUAUAAGGUGCAACUUUUUUUUUUCAUUCAUUUUGAAUCCUGCGACUUAUAGUCCAGUGCGGCUUAUUUGUUGAUUUAUUUGGGUUAAUAGGUACCACUUUAUUUGACAACCACAUCAUAGGACUGUCAUAACACCAUUAUAAUCAUGACAUGACACUAUCAUGGGCAUUACUGAAUGCUUAUGACAGAUGUCAUUAAGUGUCAUCUGGCAAAUUAUGUCACUUACUCCAUGUUCAGCUUGGAUCUUUUACAUCCAUUUAAAAGUGAGAUGCUGUAUUGGUCCGAAUAUAAGACUGUUUUUGCAUUGAAAUAAGACUGAAAAAGUGGGGGUCGUCUUAUAGUCGCGGUCUAGACAUUAUACCCAUUCACGACGCUAGAAAUCCUUGACGCGAUGUUCUGUCAUGACAGAUCUCAGCUACUCUCAAGUUUAACCAGUUUGCAUUAUUUUACUGCAAUGUUUUCCAUAUUCAGAUCUCUCAAGACUACAGUUACAGUAAGACUUCACUUUGAUGGUUAAUGUAGUUAUUGCAAUUUUGUUAUUUUAUCACAAUGGAUUGGUUUAUUUACAUUUCAAAAACCAGAAACCAUUCAUUUACGAAUGUGAUUGCACUUUAGUUUACAUAUUUAAAUGUUCAGAUAUUAAGAUUUGAAUGAGGCAAAAUAACAUGCUUUUUCUCUCAAAUAUAUUAUAAUCAUUUGUUUCAGAUGUACUGUAAUUAUUUUCUGUAUAAAAAUUAAUUUGGUGUUCAAAAAGUCUUUUUUCCAAACAUGAGUCUUGAAAAAGAGGGGGUCGUCUUAUAAUCGGGGUCGUCUUAUAAUCAGGGCCGUCUUAUAUUCGGGCCAAUACGGUCAUUUGCUGGAUAACAUUAAAUGACAUCUGUUAUAAGCAUUCAUUAAUGCUCAUGACAGUGUCAUGUCAUAAUUAUGAUUGUCUAAUGAAAGUCUUAUGGUGCCAAUGUCAAAUAAAGUGUUACCAAAUACCAUAACUAGCAAUUAAUAAAACAACUGGAAUAGUAACUGAAGAAAUAAUUAGCACAGAACAUAAAUUUUGAUAUUUAAGUCUGUAGCGCUGCAAUGCAUGCUAGGAGGCAUGUUGGACAACAGUGUUCAGAUCAGGUGGCUGCAGAGGUCGACUGUCUCCCCCAAGGGAGCAGUGAUUGCUAAAUGAAGCAAUGAAGCUUUGCAGCCAAUUGGUUCAAGGCUUCAUGGUGGUUCAUUUGGUUAUGACAGUCGUAUGAUGCCACUGUCAAAUGAAGUAUUACUGGUUAAUAUAUUUUGGUGUAAAUAUCCCAUAUACAGUGAGGACAGCUGCGGCUUAUAGUCCAGUGUGGCCUAUCAAUGAACAAAUGCCGUUUUCGUGCCAAAUUUAGUGGGUGGCGGCUUAUAGUCAGGUGCGCCUUCCAGUGCAAAAAUCGUGGUAUUUUCUAACAUACUGAAGAACAUUUUUAAUCCCUAUUGUAUUUAGGAGUACACGAAGUUGUGUUUUUUAGGAUUUUGAAUUAGCCCUAGGAAAAUGUUCACCCUAAUCAACGGUUCCUGUUGAAUCAACAUCUAUAACAAGAAUAGACCUUAAUAAUGACUAGAGCUUUGUAAAAUUAAAGUCCAACAGUGAUGUGAAAGGGUUGGUAUUUGUGUAAAUUGUGCAUUUUGUCCAUAAAUAAAUAGUGUGUAUAUUUAUUAUAGGUUGAAAGAGUAUAUUUUCUUGCUUUUUAAAAUACGAGGAGGAAGUAAAGGGUCUUUUAAAGCUGAUCCCGAGUUUUAUUUUUGAAAUUCUUACACAAUUUGGAGGGUGGAUUACACCAGCGGUCACAGGUUUUAAGACAUUUCACCAUUCAGUAGGAUGAGAAAGUGUCUCCGACCCUUUGACCGUAGGUGUACAUAUUUUGCACAUACAGUAUGUAUAUUUGUGAUACUUAUGUUUGACCAAAAACCAUUUAAACAACCAUUUAAAUUGAAAAAAUGUUCACCCUUAAGACAUACACGGGCAUUUCUAGUUUGUUUUUUGUUGUCAUUUUUCGUCAUGUCAUGUGUUAGCGCUUUAAUACAACUGUGCUGUUGUGAAAGCCCCAUAAAAAUAAACUUGACAUGUUAAACAAAUAUACAUAGUACUUGACAUAGGAUGUUAAUUUUUCUGUGCCAUUCCAAUAAUGUUUACUUCUCCAUUUCUACUUGGACUUUUCAUUUUUAUACGUCCACCAGAUGGUGCCACUUUUCCUCAUUCCAGUCACGCAGCAAAUUUCUUCCCCUUUUACAAUUUUCGGCUGCUACUAAAUCAGUGCUUCUCAAUUAUUUCCUGUUAAGUGAAUCAGGUGCAUAGCGAAAUAAAUUGAUUUAAAAAAAAUAUCUGGUAAUUUUACGC